AUGGAAAUGUCUCAAUUGUAUCGGGUGGUCAGGUCAUUUAGAUGUACUGCUCUAUCAAAUGGUACAUUCAAAUUACAGCCUUCAAUUACAAGAAGAUUGAUACAAUCAUGCAGGUCCCUCAGGCAGGAGCAGCAGGUUCUGAGCGAUUCCGCGCAGCUUGAUCAAUACAGGGAAUAUUACAGGGACUUAAAAGAUAUAAUCAAUGAUGUUCCAGAGGACAUAGCGAACAGAUCGCCAGCAUUGGUGACCCUUCAUAAAAGACUAGCGUUGCCCAGGGAGUUCCCUCUAUCAGUUCUCGCGAGAUGCCUGACCUGCCGUUCAUCGCAAUUGCCAGGAGACAUAAACGAUCCACGCUCAGGGAUUGCAUUUACGAGUACUGUCCCUACUAAUAACUUCUUUGAUAAUCACGGUUUGAACAUCUUCGGGAAAAACUUACUGACUUAUCACGUCACACAGCGGUUGAUGGCCAGAUACCCCAGGUUACCCACUGUUAUACUGAAUGCCGCAGUUGACGCCUACAUAUCGCAGGAUGUGUUGGCAAGCGUCGCCAGAUCAUGGGGCAUUGAAACGGAGACAACCUCGGUGGUGGAUAGAUAUCUAAAGAAGGAACCGAUACAGAUAACGUUAGGGAAAUUAAGGUUCUUUAACAAUAGCUUGAGCAAACAUGAUGGUGUUCAAUUGAUAACCUCUCAAAACUUCUCUGAGAAUGCCGCAUAUGCUUUAGCAACAAGAAGUGUAAUAGGUGCUCUUUGGGCCUGUACACAGGAGACACAACCUGAACUGUCAGGCAAAUUUAUCGAUGAACAUAUUCUGAGCAGGCAUCUUGACGUCACAAGACUGUUCCAAUUCGAGCAACCUACUAGAGAGCUGGCCGCUUUAUGUCGUCGGGAAGGAUUGCAUAAACCAGUGUCCAAGCUGCUCGCCGAAUCAGGCAGAUUGUCUAAGGCCCCGGUCUUUAUAGUGGGCGUAUUCUCCGGAUCUGAAAAGUUGGGCGAAGGUUUUGGCUCCUCUCUUAAAGAGGCCAAGGCAAGAGCAGCCACGGAUGCAUUGAUGAAGUGGUACUGUUACGAGCCAAUGGAGAAUCAAGCUCCAGUAAUCGAUCAUGGUGCAGUCAUUGUGUGA